CAAGCACAGAGCCGAGCCUACAGUCCAACAAGAGGAGGGGAGAACUCGUCGCGCCGCCUCCGCCUCCGCCUCCGGUGGUUAGUUCCUCUCUCCUCGUCAGCUCACCGCCCGCCCCACAGAACUCUGCCCCGUGCUUUGCCACCGGUGACUGCAGAAGCAGCUAGCCAUGGCGGCGGCGGCGGCGGCGGCGGCCUUCGAUGCCUACACCGACAAGAACGCCAUCUUCCGCCGCCUCAAGGCCAAGCCCGAGAACAAGAUGUGCUUCGACUGCAACGCCAAGAACCCCACCUGGGCCUCCGUCACCUACGGCAUCUUCCUCUGCCUCGACUGCUCGGCCGUCCACCGCAGCCUUGGGGUCCACAUCACCUUCGUCAGGUCAACGAACCUCGACUCAUGGACUCCAGAUCAGCUGAAAAUGAUGGCGUUCGGAGGCAACAACCGGGCACAUGCUUUCUUCAAGCAGCAUGGAUGGACUGAUGGUGGCAAGGUUGAGGCGAAAUACACAUCAAGAGCUGCUGAACUGUACAGGCAGAUGCUCAACAAGGAGGUCGCUAAGAGUGCCAUUACCGAUAAUGCCCUGCCGUCCUCACCUGUCACUGCGUCUGAGGCUUCCAAGCCAUCUGAUGACUUUCCUGAAUUCAAGCUCUCAGACGCACCAGCACCGCCGGCGGAGAAUCUGAAUGGGAAGCAUGAACCCAAGUCCCCCAAAGCUGCUCCACGUUCACCAAAAGCUGCUACUCAUCCCACCUUUGCCACUUCCGUGAAGAAGCCCAUUGGCGCAAAGAAGGUUGGAGGCAAGACUGGAGGGCUUGGUGUUCGUAAACUCACAACAAAGCCAAAUGAAAGCCUGUAUGAGCAGAAACCAGAAGAGCCAAAACCUGCUAUACCUGCCUUGACUGCUCCAACUGCAAAAGGUGGUCCAUCCUUGCAUUCACGUUUUGAAUAUGUGGAUAACGAACAAUCAUCUGUUUCAAGAACCGGGGGAUCUGGAUCUCGUGUAACCGGUCAUGUAGCACCACCAAAAUCAUCUGACUUCUUCCAAGAGUAUGGGAUGGGUAAUGGAUUCCAAAAGAAAUCAAGCAACGCCUCAAAAGCUCAGAUUGAGGAAACUGAUGAAGCAAGGAAAAAAUUCUCUAAUGCUAAGGCAAUUUCGUCAUCUCAGUUUUUUGGUACUCAAAACAGAGAAGAGAAAGAGGCUCAGCUAUCCCUUCAGAAAUUCGCGGGUUCUUCAUCCAUUUCAAGCUCUGAUCUUUUUGGCCGUACCAAUGUGGACGAUUCUAACCUGGACCUAAGCGCUGCAGAUCUCAUCAACAGAAUAUCUUUCCAGGCGUCACAGGAUCUGUCUUCACUCAAGGACAUAGCUGGAGAGACUGGAAAGAAGCUGACAUCUUUCGCCUCCAAUUUCAUCAGCGACCUGGACAGAAUCCUUUGAGCAGGCGAGGCCAUGCCAGCAAAGCAUUUUUCCUACCUUGCACCAGAAUUUCCCUUCUAGCUUGGAUUGGGUCACGGACUCGCGGGUGCAUCACCGACAGUUGAAAGUAGUUCUUGCACAGCUACAGCUUUGUAGAGGAUUCCUAUUACGCAUUUGUAUUUUGAUCUUUGUUGUGAGAAUUGAAGGUAUUUUUAUUCGUGAAUACUUCACAACGGUGAAGCAUACACUACAGUUUACAUACGUUGAGGUUGCUUGUAUCUUGGAAGGAAGGUUCAUACUAUGUCCUGUGCGUGUGGUAAAUGAAAGAUACUCUUGUCAAGGUUGACUGUCAUGAUAAUGGAAUUCGUAUCUGGUCGUUUUCGUGCCGGCGUGUCUAAAGAUUCAGCCAACAGCAUGAGAAAGCUGACCAGAUGUUUGCGGC